UAUAGUUGAAGUGUAAAUGAACCACGCCAUUGCCACACAAAAACUCCAGAGCCUCCGGCACGUGACGCGGUUGAGUCAUUCACAGGCGCCAUGGUAUCCGUAUUCCCGUAUUUGUGUAUCGUACUGUCAUCACGUGAUGCUCUUACGUCGUUGUUCCGACCAUCGCAGCUUGUUGACUGAACACAGCAUUUUCUGCUUUUAGAUGCGCUGGAUUUAUUAGAUCUGGUAGAGCUAGAUCUAGAGGAGGUUUAGAUUUGUCACGCCUAUACUAUCCGUUUUCCACAUCCCUCCGCACCAUUGCGACUAAUGACCACGGGCACCAUCCUCCGGUAGGCACACGCCGCCAUCUACACCUAGUCUCACUCUCUAUAAUCAGCUACAUCUAUUGUUGAAUUGCAGUGACACAAUGUCGACUCCAUCCCACACCGACGCCUCUCCUUCCUCCUCGACCUACAUGUUUUCAUCCCACCUCCACUCCUACCAGACCACAUCCGACGAUGAUAUCGCCUCAUUGCCGUCCGAGACAUCGACCGAAUCCGACUUUCUGUCCGACUCCGACUAUUCAGAUGCAGAGGAGCAGUGGCGGGAGAGUCUACAGCAGUUGGAGCUGCUAUUAACCAUGGUGCUGGUUCCAUUCAUUGGGAAAUAUGCGGGUAGGAGAUGUGCGUAUUGGGGCUGGACCAAAUUCAUGGAGUGGAAAUACCCAGUGGAAUUCGUGACAACAAAUAAGGCAGCGUUCCGUGCAGCGGGGAUCUUGGGUGCAGCUACUCUUUAAUCUGACGAUAUUCAACACAAUCUUGUACCAUCUUAGCCAUUCACUCUCGCAUUCACUCUCGCAAAAACAUCACCUCCGUCUUUCCAUCUAGAUACCAUGAUAAGAAGAAUAAGAAACCGUGUCUCGAUAUUAAGCCACUGAGAAAGCCUUCUUUUCCUGAGAGAAAGCCUUAUUUUUUGUUCCCUGACUGUAGGAUCUCAACAACGCCACAGAUGCAAUCUAACCAGACAGUAAAUCCCUGAGCCUGUACAGUGAUGAAACGAGUCUCAAACCUAGUACGGCUGGUACAUAGGACCUCUGUAUCCGACAG